AUGGGAAAAUCAGCAAUUAUAGGUGCGUGCUAUUCGUUGUAUAUGGAACUUAUUUCUGUAGAAAAUUUCAUGGAAAAACGAGAAAAAAGUGUAACGAAUAAUAGUUACUCAAAAUAUGUCGUAAUGGCAGCAAUUAGUGGCGCUAUUAUCGCCAUAUUAUUGGUGAAUGAAUUUAGUCGCAUGAACCAAGAUUCACCAGCAAUAAACGAUACAAUAGCAACCGCAGAAAAAUCGCAGGAAAAUGCGACAGAGAAUGGAACUUUAGAAAAUAUCGAUACGAUUGAGAAGGACAAAUCGAGGACCAAAAAAAAGAAAAAAACUGCAUCGUCUAGCGGUAAGAAGUCAUCUGAGCGAAAAGACAAACUGAAAAUUGGUGAUAAAUUCAUAGUUUACAGUUCAAAUGAAAACAACUUCGAAAUUUCCGACAGAGUCGUACUCCGGCAUGACAAUAGCAUGCAUGUAGAGCGAGGUCUUAGAGUCAAAGGAAAUGUCUAUACAACAAUCACAGGAGUAUCAGUAAUAAUUCCGGAUCGUACUGCAAAAUCAACGCUAAAAAUAGUUCGUUUUAAAGAUAUAACAUAUCCGAUUAACACAACUGGUUGGUCCAUCGAUCAUAGCGAGGUUCCUUCACUUUAUCUGAAAUAUAUGAUUGCUGCCUCAUUUGCGACGGGUGCUUUAAGCUUGGAUGAAUCAAUUCCUGGUAAAGUUCUGUCGAUUGGACUUGGUGGCGGCUCAAUCGAUGUGACUGUCGUUGAAAUUGAUGCGUUCACUGUGGAAAUAGCGACGAAAUAUUUUGGUUUCCAUCAGGACGAGCGUCAACGAUGUAUUAUUGAAGAUGGCUCUAUUUUUAUAAAGGAAGCAGCGAAAAAAGGACAGAAAUUCAACGUUAUCAUAUUGGAUGCAUGUGAAACUAAACCUACUCAUGCAGUUUGUCCAUGUAAGCCAUUCACUGAUCCAGCAAUUUCACAGUAUUUUCCUAAGAUUCUCAUGAAAUCAGGCGUACUUUUGGUAAAUUACUUAGCAAGAAACGAGGAAAAUCUUCCUUACGAGGAGCUUAUGAAGUCUUUCGAACCUUAUUUUGAGGGUUGUAGCAUAUAUCAAAUUCCUAUGUAUGUUAAUCAGGUUUGUUGA